AUGGAGCCCACCAGAUCCCAUCACAUGAUGUUGAUCUACUUCCAGCAAAGCUCCGUGCCUGAAACUGUUGUAACAGGCAGCAGCAAGAACAUGGGAGGUUUCCCAUGUUCCAUAGAAAAGGAUUUGGGGAAACUGAGUGGUGAUGCUUCCACCCAUGGAAUGAGGUACAAGAUGAUGUGGGUGAUGCGACAAACGACCACUGGCUGCAGCAGGUGCCCUCGCCGCCAUCUUGACCUCCGAGAAGCACAACUUGGACUUCUGCAAGAUGAUACAAUGUAUGAAGAUGUGAAGAGACUUCCUGAAGAUAAGUACAAUGAGAGAAUAUUUCGUAUCAACAGGGCAUUAGACUUGUCCAUGAGGCAACAGAUCCUUCCUAAAGAACAGUGGGUAAAAUAUGAAGAGGAUCAACCAUAUCUGCAGCCAUACCUGAAAGAAGUCAUUCGUGAAAGAUUCGAAAGAGAAGAAUGGGAUAAGAAAUAAUUGCUGCUGUUAUUGGUUCGUUCAAGUGUUUGUUUCAAAAAAUUAAAUUAUAUGAUUCAGGUAGGGACAUCUGUUGAGCACUGAGUAUUGAGAAGAAAUCUGUGCAACUCUUUGCUCACUGGUAUGUGUUCAUCCAACUCAAAUAAACAUUACCAAAUCUUGAAAAAAAAGAAAGAAA